CUCUCCUCUCUACUCUCUCCUCUCUCCCUUUCUACCUUCUCUCCCCCUGCACUAAAAGCCUGUUGGGGGCUGCGCUGACUGGCGCACGCCGGAGCCGUCCAAUCCUUUGUUUUUUUGUUUUUUUAAAGCCCAUCGUUUGUUUAAGAAAUGGCGGAAAUGGGUGAGAAAGCUGGUGGUGGCGGGUGGUGGCGGCUGAUGAAGUCGCAGCCGGAGAGGGCGGCGGCCAAGGUGAUGGAUGCGGGGAAGAAGAUGAAGAAGCUGGGUGAAGACGAUCCGAGAAGAGUGUUUCACUCGCUCAAAGUGGGGCUCGCACUCACCUUGAUCUCCCUUUUCUAUUGCUUCCAGCCCAUCUACGACAGCUUCGGUACCAACGCCGCCUGGGCUGUCAUGACCGUCGUCGCCGUCUUCGAAUUCUCUGUUGGAGCAACUCUUGGGAAAGGCAUAAACAGGGGACUGGCAACACUGGUCGCCGGAGCUCUAGGCGUCGGAGCUCAUUACGUGGCCUGCCUCUGUGGACACACCGCAGAGCCCAUCCUCCUUGGCUUCUUCGUCUUCCUUCAAGCGGCUGCGUCGACAUUUCUUCGAUUUUUUCCGGCAAUAAAGGCGAGAUACGACUACGGGAUACUGAUAUUUAUACUGACAUUCUCGUUGGUGUCCGUAUGGGGAUUUUGGGACGACGAGAUUUUGGAGGUGGCUCAGAAGAGGCUGUCGACCAUCCUCAUUGGCAGCUGCCUCUGCGUGAUCAUCUCCAUCUUCCUUCGCCCGGUGUGGGCCGGUGAAGAUCUUCACAAUCUCAUUGCUUCCAACUUGGAAAAGCUCGGCACCUUCUUAGACGGAUUUGGAGGGGAAUACUUUAACACAGUGGACAGUGCUGGAGAGUCCAAUAAGGAGGAUAAGUCAUUUCUUCAAGGCUAUAAAAGUAUUCUCAAUUCAAAAGCCAGUGAGGAAUCCUUGGCUAAUUUUGCAAGGUGGGAGCCGGGUCACGGGAGGUUUAAGUUCCGGCAUCCAUGGCAGCAAUACCUAAAAAUUGGAACUCUUGUUCGGCAAUGUGCCUACCGGAUAGAAGCUCUCAAUGGCUACCUUUCCUCCGAGAUUCAAACCCCACAAGAAAUUCGCCAGAAAAUUCAAGAUGCAUGCAUUGAAAUGAGCUCCGAAACAGGGAAGGCACUAAUGGAAUUAGCACUCUCCCUCGGGCACAUGACUCAAACGUCUUCCGCCAACCCUCACGUCGCCAAUGCCAAAACCGCCGCUAAAAACCUCAAUUCCUUACUCAAAUCAGGCCUGUGGGAAGAAAUCGCCGAAAGCGACCUCCUAGCCGUAAUCCCGGCGGCCACUGUGGCCUCCCUCCUAAUUGACGUCGUUUUCUGCACCGAGAAAAUCGCCGACUCCGUUCGUGACCUUGCCUCUCUAGCACGUUUCAAGUCCAUAGACCCAACGGUCUCCCAGGAAAACUCACAACCGCGCGACUGCGAGUCACUGUCAAAGGUGGACUGCGCUGACGUCGUCAUUGAAAUGAGUACUGGACCGUGGCCGGAGACUGUGACUUCUGCGGCGCCGGCGCACCAGGAAAAGUCACAACCGUGCGACUGCGAGUCGCUGUCGAAGGUGGACUGCGCUGACGUCGUCGUUGAAAUGAGUACCGGACCGCCGGGAACUGUGACUUCUGCGACGCCGGCACACGCCACUGCCCGACCAGCUGAAGUGUAAA